UGCUAUCUCGAAGUGAAUUCUCAGUAGCAGAACAGAAGAACAAGCAAGCCUUUCACAUCAUAUUCUCCGAUCCUCUGGAAAGUUGUAGAGCACAUAAAUAAUACAUUAUGACUGGACAUAGUGAUUCCAGUUCGUCUGAGAAGAAAUCAAAUGAAGAAAUGAAUGAUGUACCGGUUUUUAGUGCAGAGAAUAUGCAAAAUAAUAUGAAAGUUAUAUACUACAGCCGAACAUUUAUGUCUAUCAUCGGAGGGGUUAUUGCUGGGAUUUUAGGAUUCACAGGCUUUAUGGGGUUUGUCUUUUAUUUUCUUGUCAUGACAAUUACUUCAAUUGGACUCAUAGCAAAGGCAAAGUUCUCGGUUCAUUUAUAUGUUGAUAGCUGGAACCGGAUUAUACUGGAUGGUUUCAUGGGCGGACUUAUGUCAUUUGUGCUAUUCUGGACAUUCGCCUACGACAUUGUGCAUAUAUUCUGAAGAAGAAUCUGCAACACCUCACCGGAAAGAGAAGCCGUUCGAUCGCAACCGAAUUCUAAGGUGUUUUUGUUUUCGAUUCAUGAAACCAUUAACGGGUUUACCCUUCGAUUACUUUGUUCUGGACCUUUUCUGUACCAUUUUCUUGGAUUCCCAGAUUGAAUCAAACGUCGGGGGAGGUAUUUACAUUUCUUAAA